CCGGCUCCGGCGGCUCCGGCGGCUCCCGCGUUCGACCCGGCUCCGUGGCGGGCUGGCCCGAUGGCGCCUCAGCGGAGGGGCGCGCCCAAGGCGCCCGAAGGCAGCGGGACGGCCGAACGCAGGCGCCCGAGCAGCAUGAAGAGUGCCCGGGCGCCGCGGGAGGUGCGGAGGAAGUGGCUGAGAGCCGCCGUCCUGGGGGCUGCUGCUGCGCUCGCCGCGCUCCUGCUCUGGGGCAGCCCGGGGGGCGAUGACGGGGUCACCGAGGUCCUGGCUCGCCGCGGUGAGAUCCUGCCCGGCAGGUUCAUUGAGGUGCCCUGCUCCGAGGAUUAUAACAGUCACCGGCGAUUUGAAGGCUGCUCCCCUACCAAGUGUGGCCGGGGCAUCACCGACGCCGUCAUCACCAGGGACGAGGCCCGGCGGGUCCGCAGCAUAGCGGAGAAGGGGCUGUCCCUGGGAGGAUCCGACGGAGGGGCGUCCAUCUUGGACUUGCACUCGGGCGCCCUGUCUGUGGGGAAGCACUUUGUGAACCUGUACAGGUACUUCGGGGAUAAAGUGGAGAACAUCUUCUCAGAGGAGGACUUCCAGGUGUACCGGGACGUGCGGCAGAAGGUCCAGCUCGCGAUCGCCCAGGCCUUCGGCAUCAGCGCGUCCUCGCUGUACCUGACGAAGCCCACCUUCUUCUCCCGCAUCAACAGCACCGAGGCCCGCACGGCCCAUGACGAGUACUGGCACGCGCACGUGGACAAGGUGACCUAUGGCUCCUUCGACUACACCUCGCUGCUGUACCUCUCCGACUACCUGGACGACUUCGGCGGGGGCCGGUUCGUGUUCAUGGAGGAGGGGGCCAACAAGACGGUGGAGCCCAGAGCAGGCCGCGUGUCCUUCUUCACCUCGGGGUCCGAGAACCUGCACCGCGUGGAGAGGGUGCACUGGGGCACCCGCUAUGCCGUCACCAUCGCCUUCACCUGCAACCCCGACCACAGCAUCGCCGACCCGGCCUUCACGUAGCGCCUGGGGGCGCCCGGCCGAGCCCCUCCCCUCUCGUCCCUCCCAUGGAACAGGUGCCUUACAAUCA